CCGGCGGGGCAGGGAGCUCGAGCCCCAUGCGCCGCCGUCCCCCAGGACGAUGUUCCCCUCCCGGAGGAAAGCGGCACAGCUGCCCUGGGAGGAUGGCAGGUCCAGGUUGCUGCCUGGUGGCCUCCCCCGGAAAUGCUCCAUCUUCCAUCUCUUCGUUGCCUGUCUCUUACUGGGCUUCUUCUCCCUACUCUGGCUGCAGCUCAGCUGCUCUGGUGAUGUGAACCGGGAAGCCAGGGGACAAGGGCAAGAGACCCUAGGUCCACCGCGGGCCUGCCUCCCAGAGCCACCUCCUGAGCACUGGGAAGAAGAUGCAUCAUGGGGCCCACGCCUGGCAGUGCUGGUGCCCUUCCGUGAACGCUUUGAGGAGCUCCUGGUCUUUGUGCCCCAUAUGCACCACUUUCUGAGCAGGAAGAAGAUCCAGCACCACAUCUACGUGCUCAAUCAGGUGGAUCAUUUUAGGUUCAACCGAGCAGCACUCAUCAAUGUGGGCUUCCUGGAGAGCAGCAACAGCACGGAUUACAUUGCUAUGCAUGAUGUGGACCUGCUCCCCCUCAACGAGGAGCUGGACUAUGGUUUCCCUGAGGCUGGGCCCUUCCACGUGGCCUCCCCGGAGCUCCACCCGCUCUACCACUACAAGACCUACGUGGGUGGCAUCCUGCUGCUCUCCAAGCAACACUACCAGUUGUGCAACGGAAUGUCCAACCGCUUUUGGGGCUGGGGCCGUGAGGAUGACGAAUUCUACCGGCGCAUCAAAGGAGCUGGGCUCCAGCUUUUCCGCCCCUCAGGAAUCACAACUGGGUAUAAGACAUUUCGCCAUCUGCAUGACCCAGCCUGGCGGAAGAGGGACCAGAAGCGCAUUGCAGCUCAAAAACAGGAACAAUUCAAGGUGGACCGGGAGGGAGGCCUGAACACUGUGAGGUAUCAAGUGGAUUCCCGCACGGCCCUGUCUGUGGGCGGGGCCCCCUGUACUGUUCUCAACAUCAUGUUGGACUGUGACAAGGCUGCCACUCCCUGGUGUACAUUCGGCUGAGUUGGCGAGAUAGUAAGGAAGCCCUUGCCUACAGGCCCCACUGCUCCUUAGGCUCAGAAGAAAACCUCAGGCCUUGGAUCCAGCUCCCGGAGGAUAUGGAAUGACCUGUGUUUGCAGCUGCCCGGCCUCCAGAGGCAGGCUUGAGCUGUUCCUGGGACACUACUGGCAAUAAACAGUGAUCAGAGAGAGGCUGGAAAGUGGCUCCUGACUGGAACUGUCCACCCAGCCUUCCUGCUUGUCCCACUCUGCCUUCCUUUACAGGCUGAGGCCUGCAGGCAGUGGGGGAGGGCUGACAGGACAACCUUGAAUCACCCUCACUUUUGUUCCUUCCCACUCAGCUGCCUCAUGCAGAGAUACAGUUUAGAAGCCAUACUGCUGAUAGAGGCAGCAGCUGUGAUUGGGAGGCUUAGAACUUCAGAAACCAGAGCACAAGCCCCACAGAAAGGAGCACCAGUUGCUUAUCACCAUGCAGGAAUGGGGGGGCCUGCUCUCACCACGUGACUUUUCAAAAGAAACCAGAAAGCUGGAUUCUUAAGUGAAAUCUCCUGAUUUUUAAAUGAU